UAUAAAGAUGGUAACAGGGAAGGGAUGCACAAUUCUCAGACACAGAACAAUUGGCCAAGGAAGCCAGCUUUUCAAAGCUCAGCAGUGCCUAACAGACAAGACGAAGGUUCAUAAACUCCGUGCAGCCCAAAGGACAGAAACAUCGGCACUCUCGCCCCCCCCAGCAGAUCCGACUGAAAUUCGUUCGGGAUGGCGCAGCAGAGCAGCGGCCUAAAGGGAAUGUGCAGAUUUCUCCUCUCAGUGUUUGUAUUUCUGCCACAUGAAAUGACAAGUUCCGUUUUAACUGUGAAUGGUAACACUGGGGACUUUACUCUGAACACUCUGUUGGGCGCCGAAGCGUCUCUGACAUGUGAUGCUCAAAACCGCACUGGAGACGAAAGGCUUCUCUGGUACCGAGAAGAGGAGUCUGUGAAUUUGAAGGACGAAAACAAAAUCAAUUCCAGCUCUGUCUGUGUGUCUUCCAUCAGUGAAGAUGACAACGGAGUCACCUUUACCUGCAAAUUGCAGAGGGAUCAGUCCGUGUCCGUGUCGGUGGUGCUGAAUGUCACUAUUCCUCCUCUCCUAAGUGGAAAAGACAUCCAAACAGUCGAGGAAGGCAAAAGUGUGAACAUGGUUUGCAACGUGAAAUCCAACCCCCAGGCUCAAAUGAUGUGGUACAAAAACGGUAGCAUCCUGACUUUAGAGAAAAACCAUCACCAAAUCCAACAGACCAGUGAGUCUUUUCAACUGUCAAUCUCUAAAGCCAAGACGUCUGACAAUGGAACUUACAGCUGCGUUGCACAGUCAUCUCUGCAAAGACAGACCAAAGAUUUCCACCUCUUUGUCAAAGAUAAAGAUACGUCCAUACCAAUAGAACCCAUUAUUGCUGCAAGUGUGGUGGUCUUCCUAACUGUGUGCUUUGGAGUGAUUGCUAGAAGAAAAAGAAUAAUGAAGCUCUGCAUAAAGGGUGAAGAUCCUCAAAGAGACACAGCUUUGUGAGAAAGUGGAGGUGCCAUCUAAUUCAGCAAGAAUUGCACAUCAAGACCUCCUUGAUUUAUGUAGUCCCCUCUGUAUUUAUUGCUACUAUUAAAUUCGCUCCUGUCAA